UCAGAUCGGGUGCCAUCAGAUUUGAGAACCCCGGCGCGAAAAACAACAUAUUUAUUAUUGGUUACUCGACAACAAAGUUUUCUGGAUGAGCGGUUCUCGAGAAAGCUCGAACCAUCGCUGUUCUACAUGUUACAUGACGUGAGGAAAAAGGCGGAACUACACUACUAGGACCGUGCAGGAACCCGGACACUUUACAGCGCGCACACGCCAGGGUUUUAAUGAAGGCGGAACUCAGCUGAGACGGCACUGUCUACGCCGUCCCCCCUGACAUUAUCUGAGCUGAGCUGAGCGGAGCGGAGAAGUCGACCCCAGCGGUUACAAAGGAGACCCCUCAGAAAAAGCCGCAAGCUGGAUCAACGGGGGCCUGGCAAACAACCCCUACCUACAGGCACAUUUCAAACGGGCACUGCACUAGACUGUGUAAAACCUACGAAACCACCCGACAGAGGGUUAAUUGACAUCACAAUUGUGUCAUGGAAUGUGUCGCAGGAAUUUGACAUCAUGGAAUGUUGAACCCUGAGAUCAUAAAUGAGGAAUCUCUGUCUGUCUGUCUGUUUUUCGAUUUUCCCAACAACUGCUCAUCCGAUUGACUUCAGACUUUGCCGGUAUAUUGCUGAGGACCCAAGGAAGUGCAGUGUCAACUGUGAAGUUUUGCUGAGGACCCAAGCAGGUGCACUGUCCACUGUGAAGUUUUUUUUUGGAUGAGCGGUUGUAGGGAAAAUAGAAAAUACAGACAUAAAAUAAUCUAUAAAAAUCCCUACGAAACCAUCCAACUGACAGUUGUGUCCGUGAUUAUGUCACAGAAAUUUGACAUCACCGAAAUAUGCACUGUGGGAUGAUAAUGAAAGACCAUCUGACAUAAACUACGACAUCAUCAGUAACAUCAUGAAAUAUUGCACUGAGAGAUCAUAAAUUACGACCCAACGUUUGACUUACCUCAUACCACAUUUGCUGAUUUCACCAUGCCUAAAGAUAGCCGUGCAAAGCGGGAGCGUAUGCGUGAGGCAAAGCGCCGCGCACGUGCCGCUGAGUCAGAUGAAGCACGAGAUGCACGCCUAGCUCGGGAUCGGGCAAGCCACAGACGUUCGCGAGAUAAGGAGACGCUGGAAAUGCGAGCGCAGCGUCUGGAACGUGACCGCCAAUGUCACAAGCGCACACGAGAUGAGGAGAAGCUGCAGAUGCUAGCGCAGCGCCAGGAGCGUGACCUUCAAAGUCACAAACGCGUGCGAGAGGAGGAGACCUCUGAGCAGAAAGAGGCAUUUCUGAUGUGUACAAUUGGGGACGAUGGGGAAAUCAUCAUCCUCAGUGAUGAUGAUGAUGAAGAUGACAUAUCAUGCAGUGAUCCCUCAGUUCUCAUUGUGGAGGUGGAGGAUGUGAAGAAGAGUGAUUUUGUGUUAUCUCAAAGUGCCCUGGAUGAAGACCUGGUCGUAACCUUCUCCCGCCGCGCCGAGGUGCUACCUCACGCACGCUACGACUGUCCCAUUUAUCCUUUCACGGCUACAGAUUGUGAGAUUGAUGCCCCUGUGGCCAACAACCAGAUCAUUUGUGAUCAGUGCUUCUGCUACAUCUGCGACAAGCUGGCGUCGGCGUGUGUAAUGUGGUGUCACAGCGGCGUGUGUCACUGCAACAGCCACAAAAGGAGCGACUUCUGGAACACCCUGAGAAACAGUGCACUGCUGGGAGGACUGAGGACUUUCAACCUCACUCUGUCUGAAAUAGAUGCUCACCUCCGACAUGCAGAGAUGAUGCUGCAGAGCUUCAGACAAGAACUCUCUACACAGUUCUCAACCUUUCUGAAAGGAAAAACGUUACAGGAAUAUGGGCUGAACCUACCAAACCAGCAAGGCCUCAUCUAUGAUUACACCCCGGUGUACGAGUGUGUGUCAUCGUUCCUGAACAAAGCAGAUAAACAGGACGGCAGAGCUGCUGCCAUCAUGAGACUGGGAGCUGCUGAAGACUUUAUUAGACAUUAUUCCGUCUCAGGAGAUUUCAUCCUACAGUCUCCCAUGGCCAAUGCAGAUGAGGCUAAGGUGGUGUUACUGCAGAGGGUUGUAGCAUCAGUGCAGAGUCAAAUGGUGAUGGCUGAUUUUACUCCAGAGUUCACCCACAAACUGCAGGAUUUUUACAAGAGAUUCUGUUUUCCAGCUGAGCUGAAGAGCAUGAGGAACAGCCUGUGUGUUCGUCCCUGGGAUGACGUCCUGCUGGUGUCUGUGCUGAAGGGGCAGAAUGUGUCGGGCGUCCGCAAAGACAAAGGCAAGAAGGACGUCCUGAUUGAACAGAUUUCUAUAGUUCUACUGAGAACAGAACUUCUGCAGCGACAGCACAGGUACAGAGAGUUGUGUCGCUACCUACGAGUCGUCCAGACUGAUGAUUCCAAACGCUUCCAGCCAGUUCAAGACCUCAUCCCCUUCUUCACGUGCAUGGAGGGAGACUUCACGUCAGCUUGCCACAGUUUGUUCCCCUCACUCAACGCCCCCGCCUCCCGCUUCACUCCGCUCCUCUUCCUCUUUUAUCUCUGCGUCUUUGAAACAGCGACAGCACCCAAGCUGACGGUCAGUCAGCCGGCACAGCUCUGCUGCUCUGAUGCGACAUGGGGGCCAAUUAAAGAUGCUGUUCCACUGAAGCGCGCUGAGCUGGUGAAGUUCGCUCUCAGGGUUCAGAGAUGCUGCUCCGCCGUCUUCACUGAUUCUCAGUGUUGGACCCGUAUACUCACAGUUGUAAACACACCUUGUGGUUCACUCACCGCUCUACCAGCACCGAACCCACAGUUCCUACAUGAAGCAAAGGAUGUUGUGAAUUCGAUACUGCUCAAGCCGCACGGGUCAAACAUACAGAUCCCACGAUUCUUUCAGGAGGUGUACCCAGAUCAGGCCUUGUUACUGUUGGCAACAGGGGCUUUAGGUUUAAGAAUCCUCAGUGCUGCUCUGAGUCCAGCGCUCCCAGUGCUCAACACUUAUAAGGAGAAUGUGUGGGCUCUCCGGUGGCUGUGGGACAGUUUGUCCUCCAACGCAGAACGCCGCAGCUCUUUCUUACAGGAGAUCACACAGGAGAUGGAAAACACAACAGAUGGGGAUAAUUCAUUAUCCUUUCUUCGCUCCAUCAUACCCACUCUGUCUUCUUCAAAGGAGAACUGGGACCACACCUACUGCAGUCCAGCAGCUGUUAAACUUUACUCCCCCAAAGUGAAGGCCCCGUCACAGUGGCAGCUCUUGUCCUGAUUGCACAUCGAUGCUCCUGCCAGACUCGUGAAAGUCCUGAAACACCGUGGUCGCCCUGCUACAUGUUGUUUUAGUCUUUAAUGAUUUGAUCAGUGUUUGUUCAGUGUGCUGGUGGCCUGAACAGGAUACAACUGUGAUUUUUUUU